AUGGCGUUGUUGCAUCUCGUUAUCAUUUUAGUCUCAUUUAAUUUUUAUCAAACAACUAUUUUACCCAAUCUUGUUGGUGAUAUUCUUUUAACUCGUCUUGAAAGUCCAUAUGAUUCUACAGGAGAUGCAAUUAUUCCAUAUGGUUCAACAGUUACUAUUGAAAGUGGAACAACAUUACGAUUUUCACGUGGUUCACAACUUAUUGUUCGUGGAACACUUUUAGCAAAAGGUACAUUUGAUCGAAGAAUUACAUUUACUAGUUCAACAAGCGCACUCUAUUAUGAUCAACAACAAAUUUAUCGAAAAUCCGAUUCGAAUAUUCGUUUUCGUCUUGUUGAUGGUUCAAAUAUACAAAAUGGACUUUUACAAAUGUUUUUCAAAAACCGAUGGCGUUAUGUUUGUACAGAAUUUUUUCGAUGGUUUGAUUAUGAUGCAUCAUUAACAUGUCGUAUGAUGGGUUUUCGAAAUGGAAGUGUUAUACCAUAUCGUGUAAAUAAUAGUGAUUCAUUAUGGUAUGGUUUACAAAUUGAUCAUCCAGCGUGUCGAUCUAAUCUUGAUGAACAUGUGCUUGAUUGUCCUGGUGUACGUGUACCGCCACGACUUGGCCUUCAUAUAUGUGAUGAUAAACAAUACGUUCGUCUACAAUGUGAUGGUUUUUUUGACUCAUUAUCUGUUCUUAAUUGGGGUGGAAUUGUUUUUGAACGAAAAUUUUCAACGAAUAAAUUAAGUGAUAUUCCAGAAAUAUCAGAUUCAGCAUCACCCGUAUUUAAUGAUAUUAAUCAACGACAAUCAAUUCUCAACUAUGUUGAUAUACUUCAUGCUGGUUUACGACCAGAAUUAACUAUAAGACAUUAUGCAGAACGUUAUGCAGCAUUAACUGUAUUUGAUAAUUUAAUUAAUCCAUUAUUUGACAAUAUUACAGUACUUUAUUCCGCUUCGGAUGGUAUGAAUUUUUCUAAUGUUGGAAGUUCAAUACGAUUAAAAAAUUCAGUAUCAGCUUAUAAUCGAGGACAUGGAAUUGCUGUAACAAGUCGAUAUGGAAAUGUAACAUUAGAUAAUGUUCAUAUAUUUGACAAUGCAGGUGAUGGUGUAUAUUAUGCCAUGAAUAAUACAGAAUGGUCUCUACGAGAACAAGAAGAAAGUCCGAAACGUUUAUAUAAAUCAUUUUGUGAAACAGCAAAUAGUGUAGAAUUUCCAAGUUACUUUACUUAUCGACCACCUGCAGCUGGAACAUGUUGUACACAAGCUUUUUCUUCAAUGUAUAAUACACGUUUAACAGUUCAUUUUCAAUCGGUAUUUCUUGCUGAUUAUCGUACACGUUAUCGUAUUGAAUUAUAUAAUGGUCAAUUUGAUAUGAUGCCAUUAUUAGCAAAUAUAACAUUUAAUCGAACAUUAGAAAGUUUAUCAUCAUUUUCAAAUGAAUUACUUGUACGUUUAUGUCAUUCAUGUGAUGAUGUACGAAGUUUAUCAUGUUGGAAUCAAUCGGAUCGAAUACAACUUUAUGUUGUUAAUGAUGAUGGUCGUGAUGCAGAUGUACAUAUAUGGAAUAGUCGUAUUGUAAAUAAUUCAUUAAGUGGUGUACGUGUUGUAAAUUUACGUAGUCUUAUUGAAAUUAAUCAAACAAUAAUCAAUCAUAAUCAACGUCAUGGUCUUGAUAUUGAUUCUGGAGCAGGUGCUCUUUGGACAUAUCAUUCAAAGUUUAAUUCGAAUGGUGAAGAUGGUAUUCAUAUGAUCUAUGAUGGUGGUGAACGUCGAAUAUCUUAUUCGGAUAUUGCAUUUAAUAAUCAACAUGGUAUAUCUAUACGUCUUGAUUCACCACCAACGGGUUCUUUGUUAUCAUCUAUUAAUUUUCCAACAUUUGCAUGUCGUCAAAUAACAUUUAUAAAUGGUUCUUCCAUACGUUCAAAUGGUUUUUAUGGUUUAUGGCAACGUGCUACAUGUCAUCCUUCAUUAUUCUAUAUAAAUGGUUCAUUAUUUGAACGUUCAGUAUACGAUGCUAUGCGUUUUGAUUCAUGUCAACAUGAAUGGCGUCCACAAAAAGUUAUUGAUUAUCAAUUUCGUAGUCCAAUGAUACCAUUCAAUAGUUUAUUACCACCUCCACCACCACCAAGUAUAAUCUAUCAAGCACCUAUACAUGUUUAUCCAGAUUAUCCUUCAUGGAUACCAGUCGCAUUAUUAUAUGCGAAUGAAACAGGUAAUACAAUAAUAAAUGUAACAUGGAAUCGUUUUUUAAAUAAUAAACGUGUUGGUUUACGUUUAAAUCCCAUACAAAAUGUACUUGGUGAUAUAGCAAAUAAUUCAUUUAUUGGACAUGAAAAUGGUGCCUUGUUAAUUGUUGGUAAUCAAUCAAAUUGGAUUGAAGAUGUUUAUUUACGAAAUGUAACAUUAAGAAUACUGUUUAAUAAUUUUACAAAUAAUUAUGGAAGAAAUUUUAUUGUUUCACUUGAUUUAAAUGAAUUAUCACCCUAUCAAACAAUAUUAUUUAUGUAUAAUCGUUUAAUUGAUAAUAAUAUAACUUCAAAAAUAAGUCAAUUUUUAAAUGCACGUUCACGUACACCAGGCGUUUUAACUAUUGGAUCAAGUCAUAUAAGAAUAACGAGAAAUAUUUUUGGAAAUAAUCAAAGUCAAUAUGAUAUUGUUAGUCAGUUAACAAAUUCAAGUGCAAUUAUUAAAGCAGAUAUGAAUUUUUUUACAGCAAUUUAUCCACCACCGUAUACUUUAACAAAAACACCACUUAGUUCAUAUGAACGAAAUCAACAUUUACAGUCUGCUGUGCAUAAUUAUCAAUUAUACCAACGUCAAGAAAUGCCAUUACGACAAGUAUCUCCAAUACAUCGUUUAUAUAAUCGUACACGUCGUCAACAACAAAUGCAAGUUCAACCAGUCUCUCAAAUCAGUUAUAGUUAUCUAUCGGAACCAUAUGAUCUUCGUAAUGAUUUCUUUCCACUUGAUUCAGUUUUUCAACGUCCUUAUGCUCCACCUCAAACUGUACAAUAUUAUUUACCGGAAACUCAACAAGAAAUUUUAUCUGUUCCAUCAAUAAAUAAAUCAAUACUUCUUUCAUCAACUAAUAAUGAUUGGGCAUAUUAUGCGUCACCAGCAUCACCAACACCCUAUUAUUUUUCACUUUAUUAUGAUCGACCUGAAUUAUGUUUUUCACAAUGGCCAAAAAUUCGUGAAAGAAUAUUUGAUCAACAUAAUCGAUCGAAUUUAGCAUCAAUUCUAUGGUAUCCAUUUUUAUGUAGUGAUCGAAAUUUAACAACAGAAAUUUGGCGUUGUCAAUUACCAAAUUGUGGUUUUGAAACAACAAGUUUUCGUAUUGAUCCAUUAACAUCAACCAUAGGUGGAAUUAUUGAUAUGGAUUAUAAUCUAUCACCAGGUCGUUAUACUGUUAUAAAUGAUAUUUUAAUUAAACCAGAUAAACGUUUAACAAUACAAAGUAGUCAAUUAGAAUUUUUGAAUGGUAUUGGAAUAUUUGUAUAUGGUGAAUUAAUAAUACAAGGUGUUGAUGGUUCACCAACACGUUUAGAUUUAUUUAAUAAUAAAACGUCAACAAGUAUUUUAGUUAAUCAACAAAAACAACAAGAACAAAGUCAACGAGGAAUAAUGUUAAUUGAUGGAGCAAAUAUAUAUGAAGGUCGAUUAUUUAUAACAAGUCAAAAUGAUGGUUCAGGAACUGUAUGUAAUCAUGGUUGGACAAAAGAAAAUUCUAUGCUUGUCUGUAUGUCAUUGGGUUUUAUACAUGAUCCAAAUGAAUAUUUAUAUCCAAUUAUUAAUAUAAAUCAAACAAAUACGAAUGAUCCAAUUAUAUGGAAUGAAGUUGAUUGUGAUUUAUAUCAAGAUCAAUCUAUUGAACAAUGUAGAAAAGAAACUGUUCAUACAUGUGAUCAUGCAGAUGAUGUUUGGAUUAAAUGUUUACCAUCUUCAUGGGCUGGUAUUCAUAUUUUUCCAACAUAUAGUAAAACUCAUCUUGAAUUUGUUCAUAUUGAUUCUGCUGGACAAUAUGAUAUACAUAAAGAUGAAAUUCAAGCUGGUUUACAUAUUGAUUUACUUGCACAUCCAUCAAAUCGUUUAAAAAAUCUGACAUUUACAAAUAAUAUUAUCGGUUUACAAAUAAAUCAUAUUCAUCCAGCUAAUUAUGAUUAUUCAAUAAUUCAUCAUUCAUCAUUUAAUCAAAAUUAUUAUACAGGUGCUUUACUUCAUUCAAGUUUUUUAAAUUUUUCACAUUGUACAUUUACACAUAAUUUAUAUUCUGGAAUGAAAUUUGAUACAUCAUUUAAUUAUUAUGAACUUGAACAAUUACGAAUCAAUUUACUUAAAUCUCAAACAACUGUUAAUACAAUUGAUUUAUUAUAUGAACAAUCCUAUGAACUUGAAAGAAAUAAAUUUGCUUUUAUAACAACAACAUUUGGUGGUUAUAAUGCUGAUGAUAAUAUACUUUUUAAUACAUUAAAUAUUCGUACAGAUCCAUCGUAUAUAUUAAUUGUUGAUCUUAUUGAUUAUAAUCCAUUAUCGAAUUUAAAUGAACAAUUAAUAAUAUGUGAAGUUGAAUGUCAGCAACGUAUGGGUUUAACACAAAGUUUAUCCUAUAAAAAAUGGUCAUUAGCAAAUGAUAGAGAUCUAUUUCCAUUAAUAACAUCAUAUUCAAGUUUACAAUUUCAUUAUCGUCUUUAUCGUUAUCGUACAAGUCGUUUAACAUUCAUUAUUUAUAGUAUUCCAGCACCAAUAUUUACACAAGGUAAAUUUCUAUCAGAUAUAUCAAUAAGAUUUCAUCGUGGUUUAUUUUCUUAUAAUCAACAUGAUAUUGUUACAUAUUUAAAUGAUCGUGAAAAAACAAAUAAUCAAUAUGCAUUAACAAAUCAAUUAAAAACGGAUACGGAACGUUUAAUUGAACAAUUAUUAAUGGGUACAAGAAUAAUAAAUGAUGAUCCUGUAUUAGAUAUAAUUGAAGAAGAAGAUCGAAAUACUCGUAGAGAAUUUCAACAAGAAGAAUUUGAAGAUAAAAAAUUGAAACGUCAAAUAACAAUGAUUAAUAUAAAACGACGUUAUAAAAAUUCGACUAUACAAAUUGAUGAAUGUUUAUUUGAAUAUAAUCAAAAUCGAAGUAUAUUUAUUGAUCAUCAAUCGAAAAAACUUCAUGAAAAUAAAGUUGAAGAAAAUAUACGAAUGUUAAUGAAUGAAACUAUACAACAGAGAAAACAAUUUAUACCAAUACAAUUUACAUGUAGAAUUGAUAAAUCAAUUUUUAUCAAUAAUCGACAAGUACUUAAUCUCGAUGCUCAUCCAAUGAUAUUUUCUGAUCGUCUUAUUCGUUUUGAAAUAACUCAUACUAAUUUUACACAAAAUCAUGAUCUUUUAUUGAAUCUAACAUUUCCUCGAUUAUAUCCAUUUAAUCGAACUAUUUUUGCAAGUCUAUCAAUAUGGCCAUAUUUUCCAACAAAAUCUAUAUAUACACGUUCACCAUUAAUCUAUUCCAUACCAUCACAUGCUGUUCGUAUAUAUAAAAAUUCAUUUAUUUCAAAUGAACAUAGUUCUAUUCGUUUAACUGGUUUUCAUACAUCAUUUAAUCUUACACAUUCAUUAUUUGAAAAUAAUCUUAAUUAUCAAACAUCAUUAAUUGAUUUACGUCAUAUAGAAAAAGAUUUUCUUCUUGAUGGAAAUAUUUUUCUACGUAAUCAAGUACAUAAUUUACUUUCAUUUGAUUCUAAUGGUCAUGCACCAUUUCAUAAUGAUUUAUUAUAUCAAUCAUCAAUAAUAUUUAAUCGAUUUAUUGAUAAUAAACCAUCAUUAUUAACAAAAUAUCCAUAUUUACCAUCAUCAUGUAUACGUUUAAUUGGUUCAUAUAAUGUAACAAUUCAAAGAAAUUUAUUUGAAAAUAUUCAUUAUGAUUAUGAAUUAAUUGCUGCACUUAUUAUUGAUACAAUUAAUACAACAUUAGAUGCAACUGUAAAUUGGUGGGGUUCAGAUGUUGGACAAGCUAUACAAAAUCGAAUUUUAGAUUUUACAAAACGUUCUGAUCAUGCAUAUGUACAAUGGAAUCCAUUUCUUGCUUGUAGAGAAUUAACAUGUGCACAAAUUAAAUUACCUAUACAAACUAUUUUACAAAUGAAUAGACCAUUAAGAGGUUUAAUAACAUCAAAUACAUUAAUACAUAAACGACGAGAACCUUAUUUAAUAAAUGGAGAUUUAAUUGUUAUGCCAGGUGUUAAAUUAACUAUUGAAGCUGGUGUUGAACUUCAUUUUGCACCUAAUACUGGUCUAUUAGUUUUAGGACAUUUAAAUGCUACUGGUACACCUAAAGAUCCAAUUGUAAUGAAAUUAGCUAAUAAGGAAUUUGUUAUGGAACAAAUCGCAAAUGGACAUAAUCCUUUUCAAUAUCAUUUUACUGAUGAAGUUCCAUUUGCAAAAUAUAAGUAUAAUCCUUUUAUUGAUCGUUUACAAAUUCGUCUUGAUAUUGGUCGUACACCGAAUGAAGGUUUUCUUCAAAUAUAUAAUUGGACACGUCGUGAUUGGUCAUAUGUAUGUUAUGAUACAUUUCGUCAAUUAUUUUCCUAUCGUUUAAUAUGUCAUCAAUUGGGUUUACCAUGGAAAAAUGUUCUUGCUCAUCCUGAUUCAUUUUAUUUAUAUGAUUAUCAAAAACUUCCACUUUGGCAAGAAACAAUUGAUUGUUCGGGUAAUGAACCAGCGAUUUCAUCAUGCUCAUUUACAAAUGAAUAUAAUAAUACAUGUACAAAAUUAUUUUAUAUUUCAUGUUAUGAUGAUAAUCUUUUAUAUACAUUAAAUUCAAAAGUUCAACCUGAAUUUGCAAAUAAUCUUGGUGGACAUCCGUUACCAUUUUCAUCACCAACUUAUGAAAGUCCACAAUCAUGGAAUGGUAUCCGUUUUGCAAAUAGUGAAUAUGAAGAAGAUUUAUCAUCAUUAGAUUAUACAAUAAAUGAUCAAUCAUUAUUACGAUUUGUAUUAAUAUCUGAAACAAAUGAUUAUCAACCAGCUAUACAAACAAUCUAUCGUACACCAGCUAUUGAACGUAUACAUAUUGAACAUAGUCGUCAUAUUGGUUUUGAAUUUCUUUUACCAAAACAAUCUGUCUUAUUUGGUUAUAGUCAAAUAACAAAUUCAUUAGAUUUAGCUAUUAAUGGUCUUGUUUAUUAUGGACAAUCAACUGAUGAAAAAUCAACAUUUGAUCUCUUAUAUGAACAAAGUAUUCAUGGACAACCAUUUAGUUUACUUAAUUUAUGUAAUGCACAUAGAAUUGUUAAUGUUAAAUAUCGUCUUAUUACAUAUUAUAAAUACGAAUAUGAUUAUCGGACAUGUUCAAAAUUAUUCUGUUCAAAUAAUCCAUAUAAAAUUGGAAUCAGAUUUUUUCAAAUUAAUUUAUUGAAUAGUACAUAUCAAAAUGAUUGGAUUGAAAUCCAUCGUGUAAUGAAUGAUGAAGAUGGAAAUGAGAGAAAUGAAUUAUUAACUCAUAUAACCAAUGGUUCAAGUGAUGCAGCAUGGAGACAAUUCUAUUCAAUUGAAAAAGGUUGCUUAAGAAUAACAAUACAUGCAUCAAGUGGAAGUAUCCAUCAUGGUUUUAUGGCUGAAAUAACUCUUUUUCCUGUAACACCAUUUUCUACACGUGAGAUUAUUCAUCAAAUAUCGGAUAAUAUCAUGUUGGGCAAUCAACAAGGUGUACUAAGAUAUAUGUCUGCUGGUGAACGAUCAGCGAAUAUCUAUUUUCAAUCGAAUACACUUCUUUAUAAUGGCUACUAUCGAUAUAAUUCAUCUUCAUCACCAAUAAAUUUUUUUCUUUUUCAAAAUGCUCAACGUUUUUAUUUUGGAAAUAAUUGGUUGAGUAAAAAUCUCGGUGGAACAUAUAUACAAUGUUAUAGUCAAUCUUUAUCAUCAAUAUUUAAUGGGCAUCUCUAUAAUAAUGUUUUCUAUCGAAAUAAUAAUGAUUCUGUUCUUACAUUUUAUGGUAUGGAAAUGUCAGCAUUUUGUAAUUUAUAUGCGAUACAAAAUGCAUUUUUGUUCAAUGAUGCAUAUGAUCGAAAUAUUAUCGAAUUUGAUUCAGUUGUAGCUAAUUUUAGUCGUAAUCAAGUAUAUAAUAAUACUGGUGUUAAUAUUAUAUCAAUGAUUGGUUUUGAAAAAAUUACAGCACCAUUUCCAGCUGUCGAAAUGAAUUCAUUUCGAAAUAAUCGUGCCGUCGGGAAUCUUAAUCAACAAUUAUUUGAUCGAACGGGUGCGGUUAUUGAAGUGGGUAAUCCACGGCAAAUAUAUGCUUUUAAUACAUUUGAUAAUUGGGAUAGUCGAUAUGAAAUGCGAACAAGAUCACGUCUUUUUGAACCAAAUCGUAUGGAAUCUCGUUCAGUAAAUGCUUCGUCAAAUUUUUGGGGACGAAUCGGUGAUGCUGAUGAUAUCGGUGCACGUAUUUAUGACAAAUAUGAUAAUAAAUCUUUAAUCGAAGUUAAUUAUUAUCCACCAUAUCUUGAUUCUUCACGACUUCGACAAGGUAAAUGUGAUCCGGGCUGGACACUAGACGAUACAUUAUGCUAUAUUUAUUUGGGUGCUAUUACAACGUAUCGUAUUGCACAAGAAAUGUGUAAUAGUGUUGAUGCUCGAGUAACCCGACGUGAUACACCAUUAAAUCGUCUUGCUAUUCUUCGUUCAUUAGUACGAACAUCACAAUAUCAAGGUAUUAAUAGUGAUGCUGUACCAUCAUCAGGUAUUUGGUUAAGAAAAGAAAAAAAUGAAGUUUGCCGAAUAUUUAAUGAUAUGGAAACAAUGGAUGUUAGUUGUAGUUCAACAGCUGCAUUUAUUUGUGAAAAAGAACAACAAUUUGAUGGUGUUCGAUUAAUUAUUCGUGGUGAUUUACUUCUUGCUAUUGCUUGUAUAUUAUUAAUGAUAAUUUUAUUAAUUUUAUUUGUUUGUUGUUGGUAUUGUAAAUCUCGUCAACGUCGUAAAGAUAAUUUUCAACGACAAAAUUCACUUCGUCGUAGUGUUAAACAAGAAAUGAAUAAACAAUCAACAUUAUCACUACAUAAAAGUAAUGAUAAUACAUUAGUUAAAAGUUCAACAUUAUCAACAUUAACAAAUGGUACAACAAAUAAAUUACCAUUAUCAUCUUUAUCUCUAUCAAGUCGUCCAUUAAGUAGUGUAACAAUGAAUUCAGAUAAUGAUCUAUCAACAUCAUCACCUCUUCAUCAUGAUUUUUCAUUAUUAAAAUUAAAUCAUAAUCUACCAAAAGCAUCAACCCCCGCGUUAAGUGAUGAUACUGGUUCACAACGUGCACUUGUUCUUAAUACACAUACAGAUCAAUCAAGUGUUUAUUCAACAACAACAGCAGAUUCAGCAACAUUAUAUCGAAGUCGACGACGUUUUGAACGUACACAAACACCAGUCAUAGCUCCAUCGGCACCACCAAUUACACAUCGACGUUCAUUACGUAAUCUUCAUCAACAAGAUUCUACAGCAAGUGUAUCAACAGGUUCAAUAUCUCCGCCUCCAGCUUAUGUUUCUCCGGCACAUCAACCACGUCGUCAUCGUUCAGAUCAACUUCAUUUACUUACACCAAAUAAUACUAAAAAAUCAUAUGCAAUUGGUACUCAGAUAGAUUCACACUCACAAACAAGUAGUCGAAGUAGUACACGACAUGAAAUUCCACCGCCAUUAGAAACUGAUAUUUAA